AUGCUGUUGUGCUCGUGGAAUUCUGGCUCAGUCCCCGGGGGAGAGAUGGAGGAGGAAAGUGACAACGUGAAAGUGAUCGUUCGCGUGCGGCCGAUGAAUGCCGUCGAAAUUGCCCGAGGGGAUAAAAACGUGAUCCAUGUCGACUGCGUGAACGGAGAAGUUUCACUGAAGAAUUCCGACGCACUCACCCCGUGUCCCCCGAAGGUCUUCAAGUUUGAUCAUGUUUUCGACCGGGAUUCAAAACAGGUGGAUGUGUACAACGCGGCUGCCAGAAAGAUCGUCGACAAUGUCCUUGAAGGCUACAAUGGCACGAUUUUUGCCUAUGGACAAACCGGAACCGGCAAGACAUUUACCAUGGAAGGAAACAGGGAUGUGCCGGAAUUGAGGGGGAUUUUGCCGAAUUCAUUUGCGCACAUUUUUGGCCACAUUGCCCGUGCUGGAGACAACAAUAAUUUUUUGGUACGUGUGUCCUACUUGGAGAUAUACAACGAAGAAGUGAGGGAUUUACUAGUCAAGGACCAGCGGAAGCGUUUGGAAGUCAGAGAACGCGCAGAUAUUGGAGUUUACGUCAAGGACUUGUCUGCGUUUGUCGUGAAUAAUGCCGAUGACUUGGAUAAAAUCAUGACGAUUGGAAAAAACAAUCGUUCAGUUGGAUCGACGAAUAUGAAUGAACAGAGUUCCAGGUCUCAUGCGAUUUUCACAAUCACCAUAGAGUGCAGCGAACGAGGGCUCGAUGGUCAGCAGCACGUUAGAAUGGGAAAGCUGAAUCUCGUCGACUUGGCUGGCUCUGAGCGUCAGAGCAAAACGGGAGCAACUGGGGACAGAUUCAAGGAAGCUACGAAGAUCAAUUUAUCCUUGUCCACGCUCGGAAAUGUGAUAUCAUCGUUGGUCGACGGGAAACGUACUCAUAUUCCGUAUAGGGAUUCGAAGCUCACCCGACUACUUAUGGAUUCUUUGGGAGGAAACGCCAAAACCUUGAUGGUUGCGAAUGUGGGUCCCGCGGAUUACAACUGCGACGAAACCCUGGGCACUCUCCGCUACGCCAAUCGCGCCAAAAACAUCCAGAACCACGCCAAGAUCAACGAAGACCCCAAAGACGCCCUCUUGCGUCAAUUCCAAGAAGAAAUCGAGGAACUUCGUCGUCGACUGCGAGAUGCCGAGGAUGUGGAAGAGGCCGGCGACGAGAGUCCCAGUGGGGAUGAGGAAGACGAAGAAGGAGCAGGUGUUUCGAAGAAACGGUAUAAACGAGGACUCGUGAAGGAGAUUGAAGAGAAGAUCGCGGCGGAGAAACGGAGGUUGGAGGAGAGCAAAGGGUUGGAGGAGCGGGAACGAGAAAGGGUUGCGAGAGAGCUGAAAGACCAUGAGAAGGCCCUGGCUUCUGCCAAACAGGAAAGAAGCGAUCUCAUGACAAAAUUGAAGUCUCUUCAGAAGAAGGUCAUCGUGGGUGGCGAAAAUCUGCUGGAAAAAGCAGAAGCGCAAGAAAAACUUCUGGAAGAAUCUCAGAAAGAAUUAGAAGAUCGACAAAAGCACGAAGCAAGAUUGAAGAAGGCUAUUGAAGAGAAAGAGGCUGAACGUUUGGAUAUGGAAGAAAAAUAUUCCAGUCUCCAAGAAGAGGCUGUUGGAAAAACCAAGAAAAUCGCGAGAUUGACGCAGCAUCUCGCUGGGAUUAAGGCGGAAGUCAAAGACGUCAGAGAAGAUCAUCAAAGAGAAAUCGAGGGUUUGCUGGAUAAUGUACGACAAUUGGCCAGGGAAUUGCAAUUGCAAAAGCUCGUCAUUGACUCCUUCAUACCACAGGAGUACCAAAAUAUGGUGGACGAAUACAUCAACUGGAACGAGGAUAUCGGAGAAUGGCAGCUGAAAUGUGUGGCAUAUACUGGGAACAAUAUGCGGAAACUUUCUGUUGGCGAUUCACCGGAAAAGAAUAGAAGCAAGAACGCUGGUGUUCGUGCUGCAGCCGGAGAAACGAAUCUGACCCACAUGUAUAUUUCCUACGCCGAAGACGGGUUGAGAGUCCCGUUUAAUCCAGACCGAAAGCAAAGACAAGACCGACCGAAGACGGCCGCCGGAAAACGACUGCUCAACUGACGAGUUCCGCCCAUGAACGAAAUGCCUUGAUCUCACUGAAUUAGUUUUUUUUUUUCGUUCCUAGUCAUGAAUGUGAUACACUCUGCGAGAACUACUGUGACUUUGGUUUUUAAAUGGAUUUCGUCUUCAGUU